GGUCGCAAGAAUGGGAGACGUUUUGACGCCGAAUAUUUUUAAAGUUGUGCCUGUUCGCAAUUAUGAGUACGCCGAAUGUUUUAAAGUCGCUUGGUUCAGCAUUUCACUGAUAGCAACAGAGUAAAACAUUGUUAAUUCAUUAUAGGUUUAGAAACUACCAUCUAACCUACAUUGUGAUGUCAGGCGAAUAAAACAACAGGCUAGUAGUUUUCGCAUACAUAAGAUUACAUCUCUUUCCAGGCUUACGUAAAACAUUGAGACAACACCUUCCAAACAGUUACACCAAACAUUCCGAAAGAGUUUUUGCAACUAUGAAGGCAACGAUUGCACUAUUAAUGCUUGGAGCGUUGAUCCUGCUGGCGGCAGCGGAGAAUAAUGUCCAGCACAAGGAAAAGCGAGCAGCCAAUAACCAGGCAAGUGCAAUCGUGGAGAAAAUUGCGGAGAAGGGCAUGGUUUUUGCUGGUUCUGUCGUUGAAAAACUGAAAAAUAGUGAAGUGGCUCGAAAAUUGCUAGGAAAAGUUCUAGGCGCAAUGGGAACCCAAAGGGGAAAGCGCUCAAUUCAAACCGAUGCCAGGGUCACAAACUACAAUUCGGCCCAUUACCAAAAGCUGGUAUUACAUCAAACUCAUGCUACCGACCCCAGCACAAAUAGAGUUUCAACCUGCCCAAUCGCACAAAAUGAGCUGAACUGGAUUGAAACCAUAUUUAUUGCUGUACAACUUGCACUGGGGGAGGUUAACAAAGUUAUAAACGGACAAAAGGUAGGGUUUACAGUACCCAAACCAACGGCAUACAAGGUUCACGACUAAAUAAAAUUUGUGGUUAAAUAUUAGGUGAAAUUUUGCGAACGAAUAAAACAUUAUGCUUUAA